AUGGAAAGUUUGUUUUUAUGUACGACUUGAGUGCAGUGGGAUUAUGUGAUUACCCUUGAUACUUGGAAUAAUGGAUAUAUCCCCCGGCCUGCACGACAGGUACACUGCAGAUGAACAAAAUGAUUGGACAUGAGGCUUGAAGUUAUCUUGGCGCGGUUGACAUGAGGCUCUAUGGCGCCAGUAACUAUGGACAGGCUCAGGUGCCACACCCGGUCCACUCACAGGCACAACUCAGGCACUCGCACACGUGCAAAAAACAAAUCGAUAGCUGGACGCCCUGUGCGCACAGAUGCAGUGCGGCUGGGCAGCUUCAGCAAGGGUGAUGUACUGCCAAAAAGGGAGGAGCUGCCCCAUACUGCUGAUGGAUACGAUACCCAAGGUGUCCUGCUGGUGCAGCGGUGCCUGAUCGUGCGGCGGGAUGAGAAGGGCUAUGGCCUAACUGUAUCAGGCGAUAACCCCGUUUUUGUGCAGUCCGUCAAACCAGGUGGGGCAGCGGCACGGGCAGGUGUUCACCAGGGUGACCGUAUUAUCAAGGUCAAUGGGACAUUGGUGACACAAUCUAACCACCAGGAUGUGGUGCACCUGAUCAAGUCGGGGGCCCAUGUGGCACUCACCCUGCUCGGACCGCCACCCUCUGGUGGAGGUAGUGGGGGUGCUGGUGAACGGCCCAACAACAACACUGGUGGUGGAACCACCAGCACAGCACCUGCAGCCUCGCCACCCAGCCACCAGCCGCUGGCUUCGAAGCAAUCUUCGGAACGUAUCACUGGGCCCCAGCCGGUAGAUCCUGAGAAGCAACAGCAAUGCACAAACAUUUCGUACCUGACAAUCAAGAAGAUGUUGGAGAAGGAGCAGGCUUAUCUGGUGCAACUGCUGCAGGAUUAUGGCAAAACUUCAUCAGAGAAAAGCCAUACAGAGAUGCAGAGUGCCCGAAAACGCAUUUCUCACCUGGAGAACCAGCUGUUGGCCCUCAAGGGCUCCAACUCUGGCCAGGAGGCCACCGGUGCCAGUUCACGUCCGCGCCCGGGUAUAGAAGCGCGUCGGAGCACGGAAGGCCCCGAGGGGCUACGCUCGAGUUCCUUCCAUGUUGCACCUCACCCGACGACAGGGCGCCCCCGGUCGGGACCUCUGGCAAGCUCGGCCUCAUUGGAGAACCUGUCGCAUGCACUUGGACCCAGCCCAUGGAGUGUACCGACACACUUACGACAGCGUUCAAGCCCUGAGACACUGCUGUGCACCCUUGAGGGCACCCUAGGUCCAGUUGAGGAGCCCCCUGUGGGGCCUAGUCUUGACUUGGGGCUUGUUCCUUCUUCUUGCACAGACAAUCCCCCAGUGACGCCUGUUAGGGACCCUGGUGACCUGACGGAGGCUUGGCGUGGUGAUGACACGACCGAGGAAGCUGACAACACCUCUGAAGAGGGAUUCCUGGAAGGCGAGUUUCCUGGAUUGGACGACAGCCUUGAAGGCCGACCACUACAGUACGGCACUCCCCCAGAAGGACCUCCUACAGGUGGCCGAGUGCCUCUGCAGCAGAGCAGUAUUCUCUCCAUGGACGAUGAGGAACGAACCUCAGACAACGAGUUGACGCAGUUGGGUGACAAUGGUCCUUUCAACAAUAUCUGGAAGCUCCUGCGGCAUCCUGCGCACUUGGCAGUGUUCCUGCAUUACUUGCUUUCGAGCCAGAUGAAACCCUCCAGCCUGCUGUUUCUGAUAAUCACGAACUUGUACAAGCUGGGCACUGGCAAGGAAAUGAAGAAAUGGGCCUAUGAGAUCACCUCUACCUUCCUGGUGCAGAAUGCGCCUCUUGGUAUUGAGAACAUCGACGAGACCAUCCUGAAGGAAAUUGGUGAAGAACCAGAGUGGCCUAUGGUCCACCUUGCAGACAAGGUUCUGCAGACAAGCCAGGAACAGCAGGGCCAGGAAGAAGAGGAACUAAAGGACAUCUUCCUCAAGGCACGUGAGAAGGCCAUGGAGCAGCUCAAGCGCCUACUUGUCGACUUCCGAAACACCCGCACCAUCGGGCUGUCUGGGCUGUACAUGCCGAAUGACGUUACGCUGGACGACUCACUACGGGACAAGAACGCUGAGCUCCACAUAGUUGAAUCCCUGCUACUCACCGAACUGGAGACGUUAGGGAAGGAGGACCCAGAGAAUCUGUCAGACUACAAGUCUGCACUGGCCUCUGCCUUGGCCACAGUGCUGAAGAGCUUUGGCGUCAAGACGCCCAAUGCAGUGACCCUCAUCGAGCGGUUUCCCACCUUUGUAGCCCGUGAAAAGUCGCGCCUGAAGUUCUUUCCUCGCAACAAGAAGUUUGCAUUUCAGACGAUAAACACCCGAGGCCACCACUUCCAGUCACAGCAGUACCACUGCGUCACCUACUGCAACCACUGCCAGCACAUCAUCUGGGGAGUCGGUGACCAGGGCUACCAGUGCACCAACUGCGAGAUGAAUAUCCACAAGACGUGCGUGCGGGUGGUGGAGGAGCAGUGCAUCGGGUCACUGCGGCACAAGAAGGCCAAGAAGAACCAUCGCAUGUCUGGUCUGAACCUCAUGGAGGGCAUCAAGACCAAAGCACGCCGCCCAAAUGCCCGCCGGGGCACCCAGCACUCCGUGGAGGACUGGACCGGCUCCCUUGACCCGGCCGUGCUACCCCAGGACCCAGAUCGGAGUCGUCCAGAAACCGGGGAUGAGUGCGAAGCUACUGUGGCGGGUGGUGCUGCAGAGCUGCUCGACAGGGGGGCGGCCCGCAAGAACUCUGCCACUGCUGUAGGGCGUUCAGAGAGCUUUCGUCAAAGGAGGGAAACACGGCCAUCUUAUCGCAAGCGCAGUGACCCCAACAUCCCAAGGUCCAAGAGUGAUGUGGACGUUGAUGACAAGCCAACUAACCUCAACAACUCGGGCAGCUCCUCCAACUCCAGCCUGUCCACCAGCAGGAGCUUGGAGAGCCCGAGCCAGUCCUGGGAGGCAGUGCAUCGUGGGGAGGUACCGCCGCUGGGUCCUCUGGAUGACUCGGACCUGGAGUGGGACCUGGAGCCACCAGACUGGCAGGCUGCUCUGGGCCGCGAGACCCUGCGGCAGCUCAAGCCGAAGGAGAAAAAGCGACAGGACGUGCUUAAUGAGCUCUUCCACACAGAACGGUCGCAUGUGCGCACGCUGAAAGUGCUUGAGCGCAUCUUUCGGCGACCCUUGCAGCAGCAGGAGCUGCUGGCCCCCGAGCUGCUGCAGCGGCUGUUCCCCAACUUGGAUGAGCUGCUGCGCAUCCACCAGGGCUUCAGCACCCUCAUGAAGCGGCGGAGAGCACAGGAGCCGCUCAUCGGCGACAUUGGCCCCAUGAUGCUCGCCAUGCUGGAUGGUGAGUCUGGUGAGCGUCUCCAGCAGGCAGUGGCCACCUUUUGCCAGCACCAGUCUCUAGCCCUGGAGGCCCUAAAGGCGAGGCAGAAGAAAGACCAAAAGCUGGCGCAGUUCCUUGUUGAUGCAGAGAUGCACCCGCUGUGUCGGCGGCUGCAGCUAAAGGACUUGGUUGCGGCAGGCUUCCAGAGGCUGACCAAGUACCCACUGCUCAUUGAGAAUGUGGCCAAGCACAGUGCUCUGGGCUCACCCGAGCAUGCCCAGCUGCAGCACGCCCUGCAGUGCUCGAAGCGCAUCCUGGCACACGUCAACCAGGCCGUGCGCGAGGCUGAGAACACCCAUCGCUUGGCCGAACUUCAGCGGCGCCUGGACAAGAGUGCUUUGGACAAGGUAGAGAACCACCCCCUGAGCCCAGUGUACAGGCAUCUUGACCUCAAGCGACACCGACUGGUGCAUGAGGGUGCACUAACAAUGCGGCUGCCACGUCAGAAGCCACUUGAUGUCCAGCUGGUGCUGCUAGAGGAUCUAUUGCUGGUUCUUCAGCGCCAAGAUGGUAGUGAGCGGCUGGCGCUACGUUUCUAUUCCGUGAGCCUGCCGACUGCCACAGCAGAGGACCGCAUGCUACAGUGCCCCGUCAUGCGGCUGCAGCACCUGCAUGCCCGUGACGUUGCCACUGACCCGCGUGCUUUCUUCCUCCUUGACACGGAACCUGAGCAGCGUGCCAUGUGGGAGUUCGCUGCCGCGUCGGCCGUUGAGAAACGCGGGUGGCUCGAGCACAUUGCCGCUGCCACACGGGCACACGUGCCCCCUGGCGAUGACGAAGGCAAGCACGCUCCUGAAACGCCCUCGGAGGACGCACCUACAGUGCUCGACACUGGUGUGGCAGACCAUGAGGACGAGGAAGAAGAAGUGCCUACGGACAAGGAAGAAGGAGGGAGCAGAGAAGAGGAGGAGACGACGCCUCCAGCCUCGGUGGCAGAACAGACGGAGAGGAGUGACAAGGAAGAACCUGCCAAGGAGGAGGGCCCUGACAAAGAACAGGGGGUGCUGGCCGGUGCUCCAGUGGCAACACCUACAGUGGCCCAGGGAGGCCUAUCCCUGGUUGAUUUCCAAGAGGUGGUGGUGGUGCCCAGUGCUCCCUGUGAAACGGCCACACCUGUGCUCACUCCCAUUGAGCAACUUCGGCGCCAGGACCAACAGGUGCUCUCAGCGCUGGCUGAGAAGCAGGCACUUCUUGCAGAGAUCCUGAGAAUUCCCAGUGAAGACUAUGUUCACAUGGCUGAGAUCUCAGAAGAGAUGAAUGCUGAGAAGGGCCUCAUGGAGCUUCUGCUGCAGGUCACCUAUCAUGCGAACCAACUGCCAGCGCUGAUCAAUGAGGCAAUGAACGUCACAGAGGAGGAUGCUGUGGCUGCUGCCUCAAGUCCUGAAGGUGCAGCUCGUCGUCCAGGGGUGUGCCCUCACCGCCUGCUGUCGUCUGUACAGCCACUGCUGCGUUACCUCAGUCUGCUCGCUCCAAGCCUUGCUGAGCUGGAGCAAGAGAGACAGCGGUUGCGCCUAGAGCUGUCGCGCCUGCAAGACGCCCGACAGCCGCUGCCCUGCACAGAGGACGAUGACAGAGGUGUGAUUGCAGUGGCCAAUGAGGACAUGGCCGCCGAGUGCUGCCGCGAGGCUGCUGUGCAGACACUGGAAGAGGCAGUCUGCCACUGUCCGACUACCGACCUGGAUGCAGAAGACGAGCUCCCACACGACGAACCACAGCCAGCUCAGGCGCAGCCCGUCUACUUCUGAAAAGCACAAGUGCCUACUGCAUGCCCGCCCCUUCACCAGUUGUAGAUACCUUGCCCAGAGGAGGGGAAAGGGCACUGUCACCCCACUGCUGCUGUACAUAGUUUUUCUUAAUUUUUUUCCACGUGUCUGCCCUCUCUCUUUAAUUUAAUGACAGCAAAUAAACCAGUUGGCCGUGCAUCAAAGAAGGUGGUCUCCCAUUAGCAAAAUGCCUGGUCAUGAGUUCUGAAGCAGGGCUCUGCAAACUGUGGGCAGCAAGGCUUCGUUCUCUGGUAAAUGUGGAAACCCAGCCUGGCUGGAAGCAUAGAGCUUCACACAGGUAAUUAUUGGAGGGUGAUUUGGCACUGUUUCACCACCACAUUGGACUGGCAUGUAGUGAAUGUAUUUUAUUUGACUUGGCCAGAGGCUUGCUUGAAAAUUUAUUGCUGCUUAGUAGCAUUCUUUUUUUUUUAAAUAUUUUUUAUGAGGUAACCUAACCACAAGUGCCCCUUGUCUUAAGUACAUGGGAGUCGAGAAAUCACUUGCUAGUUAUCCACUAAAACAAUUAAGGUGUAGUUUGUUGGUUUUAAUAUAAAAAGCUUUUCUACUGGCUGUUAUACGCAAUUUUAUUUUAUACCUUCACUUUUUCUUUCAAAAAUUUAAAUUCUUUAAAAUUGAAGCAUUAAAUUAACAGUUAUAGCUCUGCAGCAAGCACAGCUGUUGUAAACUGUAUGAAAUGUUCAAAACAGAAGAAAUGGGCAUUCCUUCGAGUUGUAGGAAUGUUUACGAAUAUGACAUUUUCAAGGUUAGUUUAAACAGUGCACUUACUUACAUAAACUGUAAGCCAAUGUGUCAUAUUCUUCAGCUUUAAAUACACUAUACUUUGUUUCAUACUUAGCAGGCAAUGCUGCAGAAGCUAUGCAAGUAGUGUGUUCAGAGAUAGCUCCACGCGUUUUCCAGUGCAGUUGUUUUUGAUCAGCAAUGCUUUGUACGGAAUGUAUGUGUCAUGUGUAUCACAACUACAACUUGUGGACAAAAGGGGAUGUUGUCACAUAUUUGUGCGCCUUUGCGCUUCCAGUAUGUGACGUGCUGGGUUUUGGUCAUGAACGCAAGCGGUGUGCUGUGGCUGCUGGUCACGAAAACCUGUCGCUCCAUUUAGAUCGUAAAUAGGGUCAUAGCUACGACACCUUCCACGUAAUAAUUAUGUCACAUUUUGCGACAUAGAAAGCAUGAGACAACAUUACAUCGAAUUACAUGAUGCACACCUGUAUGUUUGGUUCAUGUGGAAUGCGCUACUUUUUUGUCGCAAAUGCAAGCGUUGCCUGCUAUGUUUGAAAUGUGCAUAAUACUAGUUUACAGGAUCACUUUUUUUUUCUGUUCGCAGUUUGAGUCAUAAAAUUGAUGCUCUGACUUUUUUCAAAUAGGUAUUCAAAUUUUUUGAAACGUUGUAAGACAUAUGAGACCCUAAAUAAAAAAUUAUGCAUCCAGCAAUGGGUAGAAUUCAGCUUUAUCUUUUAAAUCACAUGAAUAUUAAUGAGAUCAGCUCAGCAGUUCUGUAAUAUAAACGUACUUAUCACACUGGUGAUGGUCUGCUCCUCUGAGACCAGUGUGUCGUAACAAUUUGCACGUAGCCAUAGUGUGUGUGCACACAACGCUUUCAUGCCAGCAGUGGAGCAUCAGGGUCCGUCCACUUAGUUUCUGCUAAAAUGCUCUGCUAAAAAAUAUUUGAAGGGAAUGCUUCGACGCUUAACAUGUACCUGAGAAGAAAAAUCUUGAAGUUUGGUGACGAUAAAGCUUUCUACUAAGUUGAGGUUUGCUGCCUGGUCACAAUCACAGCCUAUUUUGUUUUAGCAGUUAAUGGUUCACAUUUAAAAGUGUAUUUCAGUUUAUCGUGACAUUGGGCAAUGUUUUAUCAGGAAUGAACUUACAGUUGCAAGUCAUUUUGGAUAACUUGCAUGGUGAUUCGCUAAGUAGCUCUGAAAAGAGUCAUAUUAUGGCGUUUUGAUGGUAACUCUGUAAUGUCCAAACACAGUUCCACAUCAAGAAAAUUUGGAACAAAUUGUUCACUUUUAUUUAUGGUACAAAAAACAAUGAAAUGUUAAUACUUCAUUAGAAUAGUAAUUCGUAUUUCGUUUAACUAUUCACAGCUGAAACUUCACUCCAUCAUAUCAAAUAUACAGCUAUGAGCUCUGUGCUAAAUAAAUUUCUUGCACUUAAAUAAGGUUUUUGAGGCAUCAAACUCAGUAUAGCGUAUGUAUGGUGGACGUUACAGCCUUAAUCAUUGCUGAAUAUUGAUAAUAGACAUUCAGUUUUCAAAAAGCCAAAAAAAGGGGAAGUCAUGGAUAUACGCUGGAGUCUCCACUAUACAAGCCACAUUUGUGCUUGCCCACUUCAACUGCGUUUACUGGCAACUCUUAGACAGUAGCACAAGACUUCAUCCGAGUGAUUAUUGUGUGAAGUUUCAUGCCUCGGUGCCUCAUACAAACCUUAACUCUUUCUGUACUGAAGACAAGAUCGCUUUUUUUUUUAUAUUUCCAUGAAUGUUGUUGCAGAAAGCCUUGCACAUCAAGGGCAGGUUUUUUAAAAACGAGUAAACUAAGCCCUGAACAAAUGUACGUGGCUUGAAGCUUAAUACGUCCACUUGGUGCUUUGGGGUUGUGAAGUCAUAAUCUAGCCAAACACAUCUUUUGCCCUUACGUAGUGUCAUUAUUUUUCUUUUUUUGGGUUUUGCAAGAAAUGACAGGGGAAAUGCCUUUUAAAGCAUUCUUGCUCAUUCAAAAAUCUUUCAAAUUCUAGUACUGUACUUCUUCUUUCAUAAGGAAAAUAAACCUAAAUUGUACCAAUAUUGUGGCCAGCAAAAUGCAGGGCUCUGAAUUUCACCGAACGCGAUGUUCCUGUACACACUUCCUAAAGGACUAGAGUGGGCAGUCCGUGUCAGCUGCCACCUGCUGUGCACUGUCGCAGGGAAUCCUGAACUUGGCAGAGAAAGCGACUCUGCAGGAGAACAGCUGCAGUUCUUUUUUUUUUUUUUUUUUUCAGUGCUACCGAGUGUUGGUUUACAGCUAGUCAUGCCUGCUGCAACUUUUGCACUUUGCCAUCGUAGUUGCAGCGUCAGUUCACACUGCAUGAUCAUUGUUGUUAUGCUUGCAUAGAUCUUCCAGAGUUCUGUGUUACCAACAGGUGCAUGCAAUAGUGUCCAGCCUGUCUGAUCGAAAUUCAAUGCACAACAUUUAGCGACAUAAAUUGUGUGCUUUAGUUGGCGUGGCAUAAUAUGCGCCAACAACCACAGUGAGGCCUGAUGAAACAAGACGAAGGAAUCUUCAUCUGAUAUGCUUAACAGUAACGGCAUCUGUUGGAAACGAGAAACGCAACUGCACCACUUUUAUUUUGUCAGCACAUCACAUUUCACACACUUUGUUUCCCUAGGCGCCUUUUCUUGGUGCCAAAGUACAGCAUAGUUUCUUAACCCCUUACUGCAUGAAUUCUUAUUUCCUUGUAAAAAAAAACUAAAGCUUUUGCAUAAGUUAAAUAUGCCCAUACAUACCUAAGUUUUCCAAGAAAACCAUAGUCGCGAUUUUUUUAGCAAAAGCUGGCACACAUAAUACAUGAUGCGCCAUGCAGUACAGGCAUAUUUUUUGACCAUACAGAUGAGUGUUUAAGUUCCAUAAAACCUACAAAAGAAAUAUCUGAGCUAUUGGAAAAAGCUGAUACUUUGUUGUACAGCUGGAGUGCGUUUCUGUACAGUUUCAUCUGCUACAAGUUUCUUCGAAGCGUCAUGAUGUCACUCUCGAUUGACUAAUUGGUAACCCCAAUACCUAGGCCAGAACCUUUAGUGUUUCUUUUUAUUUGAAUCUUUGCUUUGCAUAGUGUUUAGGAGACCAACACAAAGCAGCACAAGCCAGAAGAAUGCGUCCUUCAUUGUCUUCCACGAGUUCUUUGUUGCUGCUGUUGUCUCUGAUAUUAGAGCAGACCCCUUGCUAUAAUAUUUAUUGCAACACUGCUAGCAUAUUUAUUGUCAUGAUAAUAAUGGCACUAAAAAACAGUGACCCAUAAAAGUGUUUUAUUUGGCCACUAAAUUUGUUUUCUCGCAAAGAAACAAAUGUCUGCUCUGAUCCAUGAAACUAUCCAUAACUGCAUGCGUAUGAUACAGAAAUUAAUGCUUUCCUUACAGGCAAUACAAAUAUCUUUCUCGUUCAAAGUGUUACAGUGGGUAGAUGAAGAGCAGUCGGACACUGGCAUUUUUGUAUGCUGAUUUGUAGUGUUCAAAUUGUCAACGUAACUUGUCUAUUUAUAUAUUAAUUUUCGUUUGUUGUGUGACGAGCUGGCACUAUACAGAAUUUUUUUUAAUGGUGAAAAUUAUUUGCAGAGUUUUGGUUACUAUGUAUUUCAUUGGUAGAUAUGACACAAAUUCUGUGUAAAUAUGUAAUAUUUCUCUUUUUCUUUUUGAUUCUUUUAAGUUUGAAGGAGGAAUUCUAUGUGUAUCACAUACAACACGCUAUGCAGUAAAGGGUUAGGCUUACCCUAGAUGGAAAUGUUGCACCCGUGUCAAUGUGGGUUUCAUCAAGGGAAUAAAGACUCCCAGCAAGGGGAUAAUUACUUUUUCGCAAUGAUGGGCCUUUGCAGAACUUUGCUUGUUUUAGAAGUGCACAAAGGAAUGCUAAGCAAACAAAAUGCUAGCUGCCAGCGGUGAACAGAAGCAAAGUGACUGAUGUACUUUUGUCAUCAGUUAUAGGUGAUGCAUUAAACUGGUCAGCACUAUCCUCAUCACAAGCAAGACUCAUGCACAAUAUCGGAAAGGUUAACAAAACUGAUACUUAGAAAUGCCAUCUUCAUAAGCGUAGACUAUGGCAUUCUUCAAGAGUGUCCGAUGCUCAACUCUUUUUCUUCUUUUUUGGCAGUUUCAUAAUGCAGAGCCAAUUUACUGCACAGCACAGUCCACUUUUGGUGGUUUAGUGAAAUAUUAAAAUUAAUUAAUGCCCUUGAAAGUUUCCUGGUUGUCUUGUACAAACAGUAUUCUUUAAUAAUUCCAAUUGGGAUUUUGUAACGUAUUUGACUUUUUUCCCUCCAGUGCUGAAAAGGUCAAGUUUUCAAUAUUUUAAUGUGAUAGCACAAAAAAUUAGCAUGAUGCGAGUGAGGUGCUAUUUUGUUGCCUUGGGAUCUUGCCUUCCUGAUGAUUUUCAUCACUACUGAUUUUCAUUGGAACAUUUGAACUAACUGUGGUCAGUGCCUCAUAUGUGCCGAAAAAUAUUUUGCACAUCUCAAAUUUAUGGGUUUGCAAUAUAGUGAGAUAGAAUUCACUACAGUUCAGUUUUUCAGCCAAUUGAUGGUGUCAACUUGUAGAAAUGCCGUUUUGGUGUUGAUUGGCACAUUUCUGCCUUGUGCACAAUAAGGGCAGCUGGAGGAGCAAGCAGUUGCCACUUAAUCUCUUAUCUGUAAGAUAAGCCCGAGUAAGCACCCCAUUAAAAACAGGCGGUACAUCAGUCUGUGUAUAAUAAGCUAGUAUAUGAAUCUGUAAAUAGCAGGCCCAGCCCUGCAGCGUGUUAGCUGGUAGGAGUUUUGACUUUGGUUGUGUUACUACGGUUAUGCAAUUAAACUGUCCAAUUAACUGAAUGUGAUCACCCUUGAAUGAAGCUUUUUGUAACGUGGGACCUGUGGCAACUUUUGGAAUCAUUGUAUUAAAGACCCGCGCAUCUGGAA